AUGGCAUCAUCUAGAAUAUUAGAGCUGGCCAAUGGAAUCGGCAAGUUCACUUCACUCAUCCACGACCAUCUUGCGUCACAUGACCUUCAGUUCCCAUCAUUCAGCCCAGAUGCUUCAGGAACCUUGCCUGAGGAGCUGUUGAAAGCUCAAGAUGCUGUUCUUAACGACACGGCUGAGCUACAUGAUUUGCUUAUGCCACCAAUCAGUGCUUUACACAUCAACGGCAAUGUGCAAAAUCUUGUAAGCAUGAACGCCAUCUGUCGUUUUGACAUGGCCAACAGCUUCGCGCCUGGAGAAGAAACCUCCUUUGCCCAGAUGGCAAAGCAUGCGGGACUCAGCGAGACGGUCACGAAAAGUCUGCUGCGCCAUGCCAUGACGAUCAGGAUAUUUUGUGAGCCGAAGAAAGGGGUGAUUACUCAUACCGCGCGCUCUGCACUUUUCAGAGAGCCGAAAAUCCAGAAUUUCAUCCGCACAGGUCUGGAAGAGAUGACGCCCGCCGCUCUGAGGACCCUAGACGCGCUUCAGAAGUGGCCAAUGUCAGAAGAGCCAGCAGAAACGGGGUUUGCGCUCGCCAACAACACCAAUCAGCUAAUAUAUGAAAUCCUGGGAGAUGAUCCAGCACGGGCCAAGAGAUUCGCUGAUACAAUGAACAUAUUUACAACAGAAAAGGGAUUCGAGACAUCACAUGUCAUCUCUGGCUUCGAUUGGCAAAGUCUGGGAGCUGCAACGGUUGUGGAUAUCGGCGGUUCACGGGGCCACAUCAGCAUUGCCCUAGCGAUGCAAUUUCCAGCCCUCAAAUUUGUUGUUCAGGAUUUUGAGAUUACUGUCAAAGGUGCCGAGAAUGAUAUGGCUGAAGCUGUUGCGGAGCGAGUGAGCUUUAUGGCGCACGAUAUUUUCAAGGAGCAGACGGUUGUGGCUCAUGUCUACUACUUCCGUUGGAUUUUCCACAAUUGGUCGGACAAGUAUUCGAUCAAGAUCCUAAGAUCGUUGAUUCCGAUCCUUCGACCAGGUGUGCACAUCAUUAUCAACGACGUGUGUAUGGCUGAACCUGGAACGUUGGCUGCGUGGAGAGAAAAGGAGUUGAGAACAUUCGACCUAGGAAUGUUGGCUAUUCUCAAUGGACGAGAACGUGAUGCUGAAGAGUGGAAAGAUUUGUUUGAGCGUGCGGAUCCACGCUUCCAUUUUGAAGGGGUCACUCAGCCUGAGGGAUCUAACUUGGCCAUGAUAGCAGCUUCUUGGUCGGGCUAA